AUGCAUAGGUUCUCUAUCGAAGCGCUGGAUCAUCGAAGAACUCCGAUCGGAUCCCAUAUUAUCGAUGUGGACGCACAGGCUCGCCCUAUUAUGCCCCAGCCAUUUCCCGCUCUUUGGGAGCAGACCUGCUUAACCAAUAACAACCCUGUUGUUCGAGCUCCGGAAGCUGGAUUCUUUACGGAUUCCGAUGCUGCUUUGGUUGAGAGACGAAAAACGCAUUUGAAGCGCGGGAAAGUAUACUUUUUUCGCCACAACAGGCUCACGGCCGAGACCGCCAGGGUGAGCUGCAAGGCCGAGCACGGUUCUUCUCUGGUUGCAUAUAUAAGACGGUUGCAGGAGCUGUCUAUGAAGGCACAGAAUUGGCAACGAGAAGCGCUUGAUAUCCCAACGACUGCGUCGGCAAAUUUCUCGGACGGUUGGUUUGUGAGCUGGGUCGCAUCUACGACCACGCACGAGAACUACAUGCUGUGCUUGAGAAACUUGUGUCUGGAAUCACACCGGGUGUUGGCAGGCAGGAACGAUAGCGAGUCACCACCACCAGAUGGACAAACCCGUAUACAACGAGCCGAUUAUAUCUUCAAGUUAUUCUGCGAAGAACAAGUCAGCUACCAUGCGAGGCUCUUGGACACUAAAAUUCAUGCUGCAUCUAUUAACCAUAACAUUCAAAGGCAUAUGGCAACCAACAGGGCAACCAACAGGGCAAUUGUCGAAACGUGGAAAACCGAGAUGGACGCAAGAAUUUCUGAAGUGUCUCAUUACGACCCUGCACCUCCUGAGAUGAAAUUCGAACCCGCCUACGCGGGGAUUCCAGCAGACAGUGUCCUAUACGUGGAAAUGACCCGGGACGAGAGACUUAAGUAUUGGUCCGACAGAAUAUCGAACGAUGUCGUUGCUUCCUUCUACAAGCUGGUGUAUGACGUCGUCGCAUUGAAGGCGAAUUGGGAAAACUCGCACAUUUCUCAGCUCAUGCGCAUGACGAUAAGUAUUGCCGCAGACGAAAUAUGGAACGAGUACAUCAUGCCAAUCCUCUACCCCGGAACUGGACGCGCUGAAAACAACAUCGGCAAAAUCCGCGACACGUUCAAAGGCGCAGCCGACCAGGCAGCUGCCUCAAUCGAAGGCUUCCCAGAGGGCAUAUCUGGAAUUUGGGUCUACUCCGAUUCGGAGAGGCAGAGGAAAGACAAAGACAAUACAGAGAAGUCCGCUAGAAAGCUGGAAGAACGGUCUGGCCCCGCUAACUCGCUUGCAAUGUGGCGCCGGGCAUGAACGCAUUCCAUAGACCCACGAAUAUAACGUUUCUGUAGCCGUCUCUCUCUCUUUCGUUUCUAUCAUUUUCAAGCUUUGGGUAUGUCAGUGCUUUCUUCAGCGGUUGGCAGGGCUGAGCACCGGGGAACAGCGCUCUUUUCUUGUUAGCACAGUAGCAUACCGAACCAAUGAAGCCGUUUGUCGUUGG